AUGAAUAAUCAAUUACAGAACCUCUACGCCAAGAAUGCACUUGACAAGGAUGAUUCGUUUCGCUUGGUUUCUCUUCAACCGGGGCGUCAUAAUACCCCGCUCACGCUCCGUCUUCUCAACACCAAGCUUGGUGAGGCUCAGCCUUACGAGGCAGUUUCCUAUGUUUGGGGAGACGUGAAAGAUCUUGUACCAGUCAGUGUUCAAGGUGACAUAGACACGUUGACUCAGGCCCUUAUAUCGCAGAGCUGUCACGCGGCCUUGAGUAGUUUCCGAUAUUCCAAUUCACCUCGACUACUCUGGAUUGAUUCGAUCUGCAUCGAUCAAGAUUCGGCUAUUGAAAAAAACCAUCAGCUAAGCCUUAUGGCACGCAUUUACAAGAAUGCAUCACAAGUCUUGGUCUAUCUCGGACCAGGAUCGCCUGAUAGCGAUGCCGCCAUAAGAUGCAUCCGCGAAAUUGAUGAACCAUCCAACGACGAUGGUUACGGGGCUGUAGAAUCUUCUGCGGCCAUUCAGGAGAACCAAAGUGCUGUAAGCAAUCUACUCAAGAGGCCGUGGUUCUUUCGUGUUUGGGUCCUUCAAGAGAUCACCUUUGCGCAAAAGGCCACUGUGAUCUGCGGUGACAACCAACUCAAUUGGGAAAGCUUCAAGACGUUUGUCCAUUGGAAUGUGAACGCGGGCUGGGUUCAAAGACUCCCGUUCUCAGUUACGUAUGCUGUUUCGCCCAAUCCGUACGUUUUGCACGUUACAUACGGCGAAAGACUCUUAAGAAUAUUAGAAGACACAAGGACCUGUGGUGCCACUGAUCCAAGGGACAAGCUAUACGCUAUUCUCCCUCUAUUGGAUCGACAUCAUGAAGAGAUGAAGGAGGAGCUUGAGGAGUAUAAGGAACGUUGGGAUUAUAACGAACAAGAACUGCAGGAACUGGCAAUUCGGCAACGACGUCUGAAUGUUCAAGUCGAUUACAGUCAUUCUGUGUCCCGGGUGUAUACUGACCUUGCGAUCUUGCUGAUGGGUUCAGUCGGUCUCGACAUUCUCUCAUAUGUAGUCAAGGAAUCAGCUAUGCCAGGGCUGCCAACAUGGGUCCCAGACUGGAGCGUCAUUUCUCCCUACUGGGCUGCCACUCAAAAGCACGCUGCAGGGAGAUACAAACCGCUUGCAGGGUUUGAAAAUAGGCCCACUCAGUACAUUUGGGGUUGGAAGAUGCUACAUUCUCAUCUCAUCGAUACAUGGACGAUCUCAGGAUAUACGUCUGUCAAUGACCAGCCAUCCAGACAGCUUCAUGUCCAGGCUGUCAGCCUGGGUAAGAUUGAGAGAAUUGGCGAUCUUUGUGAUAUUGGGAAGAAUUGCUUCCCCGUUGGACAGUGGGAAAAGAUAGUACCGGACGAGUCGUAUCUCGAACACAGCAAAAUACCGGACGAUAUAGCUGACGAGGAGUUUCACAAGUGGCAUAGCAGCACCUUGUCCCUGUCAAAAUUUCUCAGAACUCUAACAUUAGAUGAUGUUGUUUACCCCGAGGUCGCCAAAGCUGCGGUGAGUCAUAUCAAGCGGUAUAACGGAGAGGCUCUUAAGGAUGACGAAGGAAAGUGGAUGUGUUUUGGGGAACUGAUUGAGAAGGAUAAAGAAAGGAUACCACUUAUGGACAUCUUUCAGGGGACCGGGAGCUUUGAGAAACAGGCCAUGAGGAUCUUGAAGCGUUGCGAUGGAAAGAGACUGUGCAUACUCAGUAACGGACGCAUUGGUCUUGCGGACGACAGGGCCCAAGUGGGUGAUGAGGUUUUUGUAGUUCAGGGUGCUAGUGUACCUUUUAUAUUCAGAAGGAUGACAUCCAAUAGAGGAAGAGAUGGUGCUUCUGAGCAAGUGUUUACCUUGGUGGGUGGCGCCUUUGUACUUGGUGUUAUGAACGGCGAGAUAUGGGACCUUGUACAGACAGGCGAGGUACAGAGAGAAAAUCUUACUGUUAGAUAA